UCUUAAAUGAGUCCCUAAUGAAUCAUACAGGAGACUAUUGGAUUGGACUGACAGAUGCUUACAAAGAAGGACAUUGGCAGUGGGUGGAUGGAGAAUAUUGCAACUGUAUUGGCGCAAACAGAUUAUAUUGGUAUGACAAAGAUCCUGAUAACUGGAUUGAUCCAAAUACCAAAACAGAUGAAGACUGUGCUUUAAUAAAACUUAAUGGCAGAUGGCAUGAUAUCAAAUGUAUAGAUCCCCAGAGAUGGAUCUGUGAGAAACAAACUUCUAUUUGUUGCAUAAAAAACCUUAAUGACAGCACAGUAGGGAGUGGAUUAUCCGAAGUAAAUGACACCUGGGAUAGUUCAGAUAAUCAAACUGUUCAGAUGAUCAGACAUAACUGAACUGCAUAAAAAGCUUUUAAAAUCUUGUUUUUUCUGCACUCAGGAAUACACUUUUCAAUGAUUUAAUGAUUCAAGUGGACAAUAAACAAUAUUUUUCACAGAUGAGCUGGCUAUAAGCUCAAAAAACAUGCUCAAGAGAAUAUGUAUAAUGUUUAUAUAUUCAGGCUAUGAUUUUUCCUACAUGAAAACUUUGAAAAGCUGGUUCGGAUAAUUAACUUUUCGGAUAAAUGACUCUCUACUGUAACAAAGCUUUCAGCCAUAAAGCUUCUGAUUGGAGGUUGUGAACUUCUGGGGAGAAUUAUGUUAAAAAUAAACAAAUCGAUUAAAUAAUACAGUUAUAUUUUAUAAAUGAAUGUGAUAUAAGUACAUUUUAUAGUCAUAUAACUCUGUUAGCUGACCUGAACACAAAAACUGCAAGUAAUGGGGUACCAAUAACACAGUGAGUAUGUUCUGUGCAUUUUCAUUAAAGUAUCUGGAAUAACAUUGUUUUUUCCUCAUCAUACUAGUGGGUUUACACUGUAUUUUACUAAAAAUACUGACUAAUCAUUUCUCACCAUUGCUGGUUUUGUCUUGCCAUGUACAAUGGUAUUUGAUGGAUGGUAUUCAAGAGUAAAACACAGAAUGCACAAACACCUACAUUACUGCCUUUUGUUCAGCUUGUUAUGUCUCCUUUGAUAACUGUCCUGUGUACACAUGAAUGUCUAAGCAGAUGUCAGCUGUAUGCAGCAGGACCACAUACCUAACCAUCAUUAGUCAAUGCUAAAUGUUCCUUUGUUUGGCGUUAGUAACUUGGAAUUAGAAAGUAAUGAUACAAGCUGAUUUGUACGGUGUAGAAAAUGUCAGUUUUAAUGACGACUUUAUUCUGAUGGAGUAAAGAGUGUCACAAAGGAGGAAGAAAAUCAUGGAUAA